AUGUUUUUCAAAAAAAUGAGGGUUUUCAUAUUACUUUUAUCUUUAUUUUAUUUUCUUGUUUCUUCAGUUGUGGCCGACCAAUCAAUAGCUGAUUGUAAACUGAUGCUAUACACCUUAGGAAGCAGAUCAUCAGAAUAUUACCUCUAUGCAAAUCCGUUAAAUGGUCUUCCUGUUGGCGAGUUCUCUGGUACAUCAAUGUGGGACCUUUUAUAUGACCUCGAUAGUUAUCCAGACAUUAUAACAUAUGGUGAAACAUCGACUGUUAACUUUAAUGUACAAGUUGAUGCAGAUGAAGAAACUAUUGCUGAAGGUACAUUAUACAAUGACAACAUAACAGUUACAAACUUCUCACUAUCUAUCAAUGGUAUUAUUUCGGUUCCAGAAGAUGGUUAUUACACAUUUAACGUUCAAGCAGAUAGUGGAGCGUAUAUCUACAUUGAAAACGAUACUGCUUCAUACUGUUGUGACACUAAUUAUGUUAACAGACAGGCUGAACAAUUUUUUGUUAGCAGUAUUCCUUCCGAUCCGGAACACAAUAAGCCGGAAGACUCAGUGUACCUAAUCAAAGAUUUUAGCUACUCUAUACACAUAAGGUAUGUCAAUCAGAAUAGUAGUGCAGUACUUGAUCUUUCAAUGACGGAUCCAAAUGGUGUCAUUUAUCCGGACAUCGAUCAAUUUCUGUAUGCAAGGGAUAUUAGAUCGUGUAACUAUGAAGAAGCAAACGUAACUACCACUGUAACAUGGACUGGCACUGUAACCGAGACAAUAUCUAGUUACACCAGCAUUUACAAUAACCUUACUAUCAGUAUUUACACUGUCAAUACAGUUUAUGUUGUUGGUGUUCCAGCAGCAUCCAGCUCAGAACUUCUCACAUCAUCAUCUAGUGAGUUUAUAUCAACUAGUGGUAGUAGUACUUCUGUUUUUACUAUAUCGUCUAGUGAGAAUUUAGACUCUAGCACAAUGGUGGUCUCAAGUAGCACUACAUCAUCAGAUAGCGAUAUUUAUCCAUCUAGUUCUGGACACUCAAGUAGUAUCGGGUAUUCUUCAUCUCACAUAUCUGCCACAUUUAGCUCCAUUGUCACCGAUAUCUCGAGCUCCACUAUUGAUAGCAUCUCAAGUUCCAUCGGUUCCUCUGUAUUCUCAGAAACUCCAAUCUCUUCCGAUAUUCCAACGCCAUUGAACAGUAUAACAACUUCUAGCUCAGUUAUUUCGAGUAGUUUGUCAUCAAAUACUAGUUCUAGUACGCUAAAAUCAAAAUCACAUAUGUCAGAUUCUUCUCAUUCUCCCUCUAGUACCACCAAAAUAAGUUCUAUUACUUCAGCAUUAUCCACAUCUGAAAUUUCUGAUCACAGUAUUUCUUAUUCAGAAUCAACCAUAUCAUCCAACAAUAAACUUAACCAAAGCACAAGUUAUUACACCUCUAUUAUGGUUCUAACUAAGACAAUAACAACAUUGUGCUCAACUAGCGUAACUUCACCUGAAAAUAAUUCAACGUCGUUAAAGUAUUUUACAACAACAUUCGAAGAAGAAGCUACAAGUACCAUAGUUGUGACCAGAUUCCCUUCUUGCGAAAAUAUCGAACCAAGUAGUUUGUCAAAUUCAAAGGUUCUUACCCCAGAUAGUAUAAAGAUAGAUACCACCAAAGGAGUGAGCACCACAGAACACCCAUCAAAUGCCCCCAUUGUAUCUCAGUAUAUAUCCAGAGAAGGCACUCAAGUCACCAGAAGUUCUCCUUCUCUGUACAUCAAUAACAAUGCUGGUUCUCCAAUGGGAGAUAGCUUGAUUAGCUGUUUGUUAUCUAUGAUCCUAUCUUUCACGAUAUUUAUUUAG